CCGCACCGCGCACCGCGCACCGGGCACCGCGCACCGCGCACCGGGCACCGCGCACCGCGCCAACAGCCGCUGCGCGCCAUGUUUCAAGCAGCCGAGCACGCCCUGGAGUGGGCCGCCGAGGGCCCCCGGGAUGGGCUGAAGAAGGAGCGGCUGCUGGACGACCGCCACGACAGCGGCCUGGACUCCAUGAAAGACGAGGACUACGAGCAGAUGGUGAAGGAGCUGCGCGAGAUCCGCCUGGAGCCGCAGGAGGCGCCGCUGGGCGCCGAGCCUUGGAAGCAGCAGCUCACCGAGGACGGAGACUCGUUCCUGCACUUGGCCAUCAUCCAUGAAGAGAAGUCCCUGACCAUGGAAGUGAUCCGCCAGGUGAAGGGAGACCUGGCCUUCCUCAACUUCCAGAACAAUCUGCAGCAGACUCCACUCCACUUGGCUGUGAUCACCAACCAGCCAGAAAUUGCUGAGGCACUUCUGGGAGCUGGCUGUGAUCCUGAGCUGCGAGACUUUCGAGGAAAUACCCCUCUCCACCUUGCCUGUGAGCAGGGUUGCCUGGCCAGUGUGGGAGUCCUCACGCAGACCUGCACCACGCAGCACCUCCACUCCAUCCUGCAGGCCACCAACUACAAUGGCCACACGUGUCUGCACCUAGCCUCCAUCCAUGGCUACCUGGGCAUCGUGGAGCAUCUGGUGUCCCUAGGUGCUGAUGUGAAUGCUCAGGAACCCUGUAACGGCCGGACAGCCCUCCACCUUGCGGUGGACCUGCAGAAUCCGGAUCUGGUGUCGCUCUUGCUGAAGUGCGGGGCUGAUGUCAAUAGAGUUACUUACCAAGGCUACUCCCCAUACCAGCUCACCUGGGGCCGGCCGAGCGCAAGGAUACAGCAGCAGCUGGGUCAGCUGACCCGGGAAAAUCUCCAGAUGCUGCCAGAGAGCGAGGAUGAGGAGAGCUAUGACACUGAGUCUGAGUUCACAGAGGAUGAGCUGCCUUAUGAUGACUGUGUGUUUGGAGGUCAGCGUCUGACAUUAUGAACAGAAAAUGUAAAAAAAAAAAAAAAAAGAACAUGGACUUGUAUAUUUGUACAAAAAGAGAGUUUUAUUUUUCUAAAAAAAACACACCAAAAACACACACAAAAAAAUGUAAAGGGUAUCCUUACACACCCGCCCAGCCCUGCUUCUGUACUGUAAUGAAGCAGCCCCUGUUUUCUUAUUGCUUGGUGUGGGAAACCAGCAGAGAUCAUUGGAACCUGGAGAAAGCCUCUGUUGCUGGCAGUUCACAUCGCCAACUUGGGCAGAAAACUCUGAGAGACUAAAAAACCACAAGUGGAAGUGUGGUAGAAGGGAGGCCAGUCUUGAACAAAGAAGCCAAGAGCUCAAGGCCCUGAAUCGAAGCCCAACUACUACAGGGGAGAAAUGCCUCUUAAACUUGGGGUAGGGGGGGUGGAGGAGGACUGAAGGUUAUCCAGAGUCUGAUGAAAGGACCACAUUUUAUUUAUUUUGCUUUGUAUUGAAGCGCUCUAGAUUUAGUCACUGACCCAGUGUGGUGUUUGGUAGUGUGUGGUUAAAAGUCACUACUACAAAGGUUUGUGUUACCCUCUUGUAAAUUGUGUAGAUAGUGUAUUUUGUUGGUAACUAUUUUGGUACUUCUAAGAUGUAUAUUUAUUAAACAGAUUUUUACAAACA